AUGGCUUCCCGCGCUGGCGAGUCGGUGACAGGCACGGCCAGGACACGCGGUCAAUCUGUUGGCCGUCUGGUGGCUCGCUUCGAGGGCUUCCAGCAGGGACAAGCUGGACUUGAGACCAGGACAGCAGCCCUGUCGCACCCACUUGCGGCGGUCUUCGCGCGUUGGUGGCGGGCCUGUCAGCCUUCGGCGCAGUGCCGACUUUCGCCAGAUCGGCUGCCGCACAGGGGCCGUCCGGAGGCUGGUCGCCACAUGUCAAGUCUUGAGACCGCCCCAACCUUCGAAGGCCGACGCGCCAGCUCGCAGGGAACGAGGGUUCUGCGAAGCGAGCUUCGCCGUGGACCGUCUCCAAAGCCCUCGCCAGCCCCCGAGGAUGAGAAGCUGGAUCACUCGACGGCCUCUCCGUGCGAAGCCUCCGGAUCCUUGACCUCCACCGGCACGUCGCCCUCUGCAGGCGUAGCGGCUAGCGGCAGCUCGGACGCCGAUGCGGCAAAGGUGUCCCACUGUCUCGUGACCUCUGCCAGAGCUUUCCUCGCAGCUCGCGGCGUUCCCUGCCGCAAAGUGAAGACUGCAGAGCCUUCAGCCGGAAGUUAUCGCCUGGACUCGGACACGGAAGGCUCGGAUCAAGAGCUCGGUGAGUGGCGGCGGGGCGCAAAGGACGUCUUGGCAGCAGCAAAGCUGCUGGUACGGGAGGUCCGACUCGCCGAAUCCUGGAGCGCUGGCAGUGCGCGAAAGCUGCCGGACUUCUUCGCCGCAGAUGUGGCGGACGAGCUCUGGGCUCGGCCCCCCGGCUCUGCCGGUCGCUUCUCGAGCUCUGCAUCGGCGGAGGAGCGUCCAACCACGGCCUGGCUCUCUUGUGCCGAGGAGCCCUCAGCGCCUUCCCUCGACGAGGUUCUGGCAGAGCUCGAGGGGGAACGUCGAGCGAGACGAGACUGCGCGGCGGAACUUCGAGAUGUGGAGGAGCAGAAGGAGCUUCUCCGUGCAGAGGUAGAGCAGCUCAGCCACGGUGUCGACGUUCUGAGAGCUGAGCUGCAGGUGGCCAACGUGCAGAUUCCCGAGCUCUGCCGCGACCGCCAGGAUUUGCUCCAGGCCCUGCAGGAGAUGCGGGAGACGACCAACCCAGAUACCGAGCUUCAGCUGGCCUUGGCUUCAACAACCGCCGCGGUACAUGAACUGCGCCAGAGGCUUUCGAAUGCAGAGGCCGCAAAGCGCCAGCUGCAACAGCGGUGUGAGAAGCUGGAGGCUCGAGAUCAGGAGAUGCAACCCGAGCUGCAGAAGGCACAGCAGCUGCACUUGCUGCUCCAGGAGGAGCAGCAGCUGCGGCAGAAUCUUGAGGAGGAGCUCAUGGCUUUGCGGGCAGCCCGUGGCGGGGAGCUGCCUGAAGCUGUGCUUUCGGCAGCUGACCUGGCCCAUCACAUGAAGCAGCGCCCCGAAGGCGCAGCUCCAGUUCUUCAGUCCGGUUUCACAGGGCCAAGACAGUUCAAGGCAGCGAUGGCACCGGAGCCCAUGAAUGGCCCGCUGGUGAGGCGAGAUCCAAUCCCGAUCUGUUCUCGAGCUGGGCGCCGGGAACGCCAGCGCCUUGGGCGAGUCGCGGAGCUUCUGAAGGAUGAGGCGCGGGUGGGCCACGCGGCGAAAGAAGCGGGCGCCUCGCACGUGACGCUGACGGACCGUGGUGCUGUGGUGUCGCAGCUCAGACGUGAGGUGGCUGAUGACAGGUCCAUGACUGUGGAAGAGCUCACUUGGGGUGCAGAGCUCGGCGGCACGUAUGACGUGAUUCUCGCCAGCGACGUCCUAUACAACACCAAAUCCGGCUAUCGACCGCUUGUCCACACGAUCUGCAGUUCGCUGAAGCCGGAUGGUAUCCUCCUGAUUUGCUGCCGAUGGCGGAAGCCGAUCGCCGAGCGGCGCUUCUUUCGUCUUAUGGAAGCAACGGGCUUCGCCAUUGAGCUUCUGCAGCCGCGGAGCCUGGAGCAUCGCUUUGCUGCGCCACUUUCUUGGAAGGACUUCGGCAAUCCGAGGUCCCAGGCGAGUAACCGUUUCUUGACCGGUAAGAUCCCAGUCGGUGGUGUUCUGACCAAGAUCUCUGAGAUCACGGAGGAGCUUCAAGAACGUCUCUCCGACGAGGAGCACGUGACCUUCGAAGGUAACGAAUCUUAA